CCUGUCCGGCGAGAGCCCGGGAGAUGUCAGUGAAGACGGGGACACGCGGUGUCGCGGGAGUGAUAAUGACCGGUAAUAACGGGACGGCGGAGCGACAGCCGGACGAGGAAGAAGAAGAAGAGGAGGAGGAGGAAGGGGAGAGCCGAUGUCCUGGCUGCACGGACAGUCAGAUGCUGAUUAACCAACUAAAGGAGAUCACAGGGAUUCAGGACACAACCUUCCUGACCGAAGCGCUUAAGGCCAGUAAUAAUGACAUUACACAAGCCGUCAGCCUUCUCACCGAUGAGUGUGCCAAGGAGACAGACAGCAGCAUGCUAGCUACUGAGCCGCCUUCUUCUGAGGAAAGUGCUGCGGUUCUUCGAGAAACAAAUGGUCUGGUUGACCCAAUGCAUGAUAAAGAUGACCUUCAGGCAGCCAUUGCUCUCAGUUUACAAGAGGCCACAAAUCAUCAGCGGGAGGCCAGAGACUCCAGAUCCAGCGACCUCCACACUCAGGAGAGUAAAAGCCGCCCCAAGAGGAAACGCUGUGAGGCUUGGGGAGAUGUUCCGAACCCUAACGACCUGAGAAGGAGCGGUGACUGGCCCGUAGGACUGAAAAACAUUGGGAACACCUGCUGGUUCAGUGCAGUAAUACAGUCGCUCUUUCACCUGCCCGAAUUCCGGAGACUAGUCCACAGCUACAGUAUUUCCCAAAGUAUGAUUGAGAGGUGUCGAAGUCGUAGUGAAAAGAGAAACAUUGCUUUUAUGCAAGAACUCCAGUAUCUCUUUGCCCUGAUGGUCGGAUCCAACAGAAAAUUUGUUGACCCUUCUGCUGCCCUGGAGCUGUUGAAGGAUGCCUUCAUGUCGGAGGAAGCCCAGCAGCAAGAUGUCAGUGAGUUUUCCCACAAGUUACUGGACUGGCUAGAAGAUGCCUUUCAACUGGCUGUUAAUGGCGAGAGUCCCGGAGACAAGAAUGAAAACCCAAUGGUGCAGCUCUUUUAUGGUACAUUUCUAAGUGAGAGAUAUCUGGAAGAUAAAACGUUCUCCAAUGUUGAAACCUUUGGGCAAUAUCCUCUUCAAGUAAAUGGGUUCAGCAACUUAAAUGAAUGCCUGGAAGGAGCUAUGUCAGAGGGAGAGAUUGAGCACACUCAGAACGGCAAAACCAUGCAGUACAGACAAGAGCGCUGGUUUACUAAACUUCCCCCGGUGUUGACCUUUGAACUGUCGCGGUUUGAAUAUAAUCAAUCCUUGGGGCAGCCAGAAAAGAUUCACAAUAAGCUUGAAUUACCGGAGAUUAUUUAUAUGGACAGGUUUCUUUACAGAAAUAAAGAGCUUAUUAGGAAGAAGCGGGAGCAGAUCAAGAGACUGAAUAAAGACAUUGACGUUCUCCAUCAGAAGCUGGAAAGGUACCUAAAGUACGGUUCUGGUGCCAACCGAUGUCCCCUUCCUGACAUGCUUCAGUAUGUGCUGGAGUUUGCGAACACAAAGUGUGCAGCAGGAAGCCAUGCUGUGGAUGUGACAGAUAUUUCGGUGCUUUCAGCAGAUGACUCCGGUUCCUCCAGUACGCAACCACAGGAAAAUGGUUUUGUAGCUAAUGGAUGCAAUGAACUUUUGGAGGGUGAUGAACCAACACUUUCUAGCCAGUCCUUAGAAAGCUUCUCCUCAACACCUUCUCUGCAAAGCCACUUAAUGGUUUCUGACGCUCCAUCUCCCCGAACUGUUACUCAGGAAGAACUCCGCUCUGUGGAGGCCUGUUUGCUGAGGUGGAGAGCCGAGGUGGAGCAGGACAUUCAAGACUUGAAGAAUUCAACUGCCCACAUCAGGAAAACAGUUGACGAUAUAUACAAUGAUCCGCAUCUAUUGCAGGUUCCGUACAGGCUUCAUGCAGUGCUGGUUCACGAAGGCCAGGCUAAUGCCGGCCACUACUGGGCAUAUACAUACAGCCACACCAGACAGUGCUGGAUGAAGUACAAUGAUGUAUCCGUGACAGAAGCCACCUGGGAAGAGCUGGAAAGAGACUCCUAUGGAGGUGUGAGAAAUGCCAGCGCGUACUGCCUCAUGUACAUAAAUGACAAGCUGCCGUAUCUUAUUGAGGACCAUGAAACGGGACAACUGGAAGAUAAAAUCAGCAGUCUUCCACCAGGUUUUGUACAGUGUAUUAGAGAGAACAACCAAAGGUUUGAUCACGACGUGGAAGAAUGGGAGGAGGCUCAUUCAUGCAAGAUCCCACAAAUGGAGCCUGUGGUCACUUCAGAAGAGGAGGUCUUGCCUAAUGGCACCGCUCUGUGUUGUGGGGACUUCAAUAGAUCCUUGUCAUCAGAACAUGCCAUGAUCACCAAAGAACAGACCGCCCUUGCUAUAACCAAAACUGCCGAGUCCUAUGCAAAAAACGGAGUGGAAGCUGCACUAGAAGAGCCGACAAAUCCUGAGCCAGAGGAGGCCAGUCAACCCGAUCCCAUCCUCUCUAAUCAGCCAGGGGAGAAGGAGCAGCCGCCCAGCUCCCAGCUUUCCGAAGUGGAGAUUCCCACUGUGGGAAAGAUACUUGUUAGAUCCGAUGCUGAUGGCUAUAAUGAGGAGACAAUGCUGUGCCCUGCCAUGCAAGGCGUCAUCCUGGCCAUACUGAAAGCCCGCCAGGUCUUUGAUCGUGAUGGACCUGAAGCAGGGCUUGUGAAGGCUUUCCGAGAGGAGUACACCCGACUCUACCAGCUUUCUAAGGAGCAAACGUCUCCAUCCAACGACCCCCGUCUGCAGCAUGUGUUGAUCUACUUCUUUCAGAACAAAGCCCCCGAACGUAUAAUAGAAAGAACGUUAUUGGAGCAGUUUGCGGAUAGAAAUCUCAGCUAUGAUGAACGCUCGAUAAGCAUUAUGAAGGUGGCUCGAGCCAAACUGAGAGAGAUUGGGCCCAACGACAUGGAUAUGAAAGAAUAUCAGAAGUGGCACGAGGAUUACAGCCAGUUUCGCAAGGUGUCUGUUUACCUUCUGAGUGGGCUCGAGUUGUACCAGAAUGGAAAAUGUCAGGAAGCCCUCACGUACCUGGUAUAUGCCUAUCAAAGUAAUAGCGCCCUUCUCAGCAUAGGAGCCAAUCGCGGGGUGGAAGAAAAACUGCUUGAGCUUUACAGACGGAAGUGCCUCCUGGACUUAAAUGAUAUGGCUGCCAGGAUGUUUGAGAGUCGUGUAGAAGAGCAGAUCUCUGAAGGCAUCGUCAUCAUGAAUGACCUGAUCAUCCCUUGCAUGCAUCUCAUCUUCAACAAUAAGAUCUCAGAGGAAGACCUGGGCGCUAUCGAGGAAAUGCGGAGUCGUUGGUGCUCAUACCUUGGCCAAGAUAUAGAUGAUAAUCUACAGCAGAAGCUCGGGCAGUUUCUUCCGCGGCUUCUGGACUGUUCCAGCGACGUCAUCGUGUUAAAGGAGCCGCCGAAGAUCCGACCUCACUCCCCAUAUGACCUGUGCAAUCGCUUUGCAGCCAUCAUGGAGGCCAUACACGGGGCGUCCACAGUUAGGGUGAGCUAGGAACAGAAACAUCAUCAAACAGACCACCUCUACACGCUGACAGACAUGGUCACCUCUACCACAGCGCCCUGUCCCUGUGUUAUACACAGAGCGGCCAUAGGAAGAAACCACCGACUCCUUAUGCGGGUUCCUCGCCGGUGGCAGAGGAAGAGUUGGGAAUAAAUGAUUUCUGGACUGUACGAGAAGCCUGUAUGUAUUGUCACCGCUGCCUGGAAGAUGUGAAUGCUCCACAGCCUGCGAGUAUGAAUUAACCCAGGGAUGCUCAGACUACAACUCCCACCAUGCGCUGCUGUAGGCUGUCUGGGCAUGCUGGGAGUUGUAGUUUUGCAACAUCUGGAGGGCUGCAGGUUGGGCAUCCUUGAAUUAACCUGUUUAGUGCCACACUGGACUUGUAGGUGUUAGUGUUCAUAUAGCCUGCUGUCUGUAGGAGCUCCAGCAGAAAUUAGACGGCAUUCUGCACUUUUUAGUAUUAUUUUUCUCUAAUUGUCCAUUUGUUGCCUUAUAAUGUCCAUAAAGACGGGCACCGUUAUUGAGAAACAGGUCAGUAAACAUGACAGGAGAUUCGAGGGACGAUGCCGUGUGCCUAUAUAGGUGGUCUCUAUAGACGUCUGUGUACGGACAAGUAUACGUCUCCCCCCAGCUCCUGAUAUCAAGUCUGCUCACAUUAUUUGUGGACGUGAUGUACGGACGUGAGUUGAUACCGCGAAGCCAUAGCGCUACUGGAGGGCAUUACCGAGGAGUCCUGGCUUUUGACAGAUAAAGAAGAGCUCACAGGCGAGUGCACCUUUCAGAUUGCUUUGCUUUAAAUAAAUCCAACAUCCAUAUCUCUUGCCAAGUAGCUGACAGAAGCUGACUGGGUAAUCGAGAAUUUUUAGCCUGUGGGUGUGGGUUCUUCUCAACAAUCACACAAGCAGCUGCACAAUUCCAUUUCAGCAGGAUCCAGCGGGUGGAAGGAAAGACUAGUGUAAGGCGCCAAACCCCAUUGGGAUCUGGCAAGUAAGGGCUCUUGGCUCUCUUCUCCUGGAAACUGAAAGAACAAGAGAAUAUCAGGGAAAUUUUAAACUGGCAUCUGAACAAUGUUCACCCAUUACCGGGGGCAAAAAAUAAAACCGGGACUUUUUCUGUGCCUUUAAUUGCUCCUUCCAUUUCUGUUUUUAGAGACGUGGCUUCCUUUUCCAUUAAAUAUGUAAACCAGUAUUGAUGUGCCUGGAAAAAAAAAAGCUCAUGUGUCAUUGCCAAUGUUGCUGCCAGCUGUGCCAAAACCCAUUGUGAAAUGCGCACGUGUGAGCUGCAUGCCACUCUUCCUCUGUUACUCCACAUACGGGUGACGUUUUCUCCUGACUUUUGUGUGACAUUUUUACAUUUAGCAAUAAGUUCAGUCCUUUAUUGUGUUUUUUAUGUGCAAUAAAAUAUUUGUUUUU